AUGAAGAACCAAACAAUGGAGAUACAGUUCAUUCUGCUUGGACUGACAGACGACCCUCUGCUACAAAUCGUGAUUUUUCUUUUUCUAUUUUUUAAUUAUAUCUUAAGCCUGAUGGGGAACUUAAUUAUCAUCCUCCUCACCCUACUGGAUCCCCAUCUCAAGACUCCAAUGUAUUUCUUCCUUCGAAAUUUCUCCUUCUUAGAAAUUUCAUUCACAACAGCCUGCAUUCCACGAUUCUUGAUGAGUAUUCUGACUGGAGAUAAAACAAUUUCCUACACUGAUUGUAUAACUCAAUUAUUCUUUUUUUUUCUAUUAGGGAUUACUGAGUUUUACCUCCUGGCUGCCAUGUCCUAUGAUCGCUAUGUUGCUAUUUGCAAACCACUGCAUUACCCAAUGAUUAUGAGUAGCAAAGUAUGCUACCAGCUUGUACUCAGCUCUUGGGCAACUGGAUUCCUAACCAUUUUCCCCCCUAUGGUCUUGGGGCUCAAGCUGGAUUUCUGUGCUUCCAAAACUAUUGAUCACUUCUUAUGUGACACUUCUCCUAUUCUGCAGAUCUCUUGCACAGAUACACAUGUCCUAGAAUUGAUAGCUUUUAUCUUAGCUGUGGUGACGCUUGUCAUCACAUUAUUGUUAGUAGUACUCUCCUACACAUACAUCAUCAAAACCAUUCUAAAAUUUCCUUCUGUUCAACAACAAACAAAGGCCUUUUCCACUUGUUCUUCGCACAUGGUUGUUGUCUCUAUUACUUAUGGGAGUUGUAUGUUUACAUAUAUGAAACUAUCAGCAAAGGAAAAGGUGACUUUAAUUAAAGGAGUAGCUGUGCUGAAUACCUCUGUUGCCCCUUUACUCAACCCCUUCAUUUACACUCUAAGGAACCAGCAGGUGAAAGAAGCUCUCAAAGAUACGCUGCAAAGAUUUUGUUAUUUUCAAAAGAGUGAGACAAAAUUUGGGUCUAGAUAA